AUGGACGUCCACCGAUCGCGUUUCGUGCAAUUCCCUGCGCACCCCAUCACCGCCGUCGCCUUCUCCCGCUCCACCGACGAACGCCUGCCACCGGGUGUCGAGCAGCCAGCGCUGAAGCUAGCAAUUGGCCGCGCGAAUGGCGAGAUCGAGAUAUGGAACCCGCUGCAGGGACGAUGGGUACAGGAGAAUGUCUUUUCUGGGGACAACAAGAGCCUCGACGGACUGGCGUGGACGCGAGAGCCGGACGAAACAGACACCGAAGGGCAGGUGGUGGUGGGACAGCACAGACUCUUCAGCAUUGCCUCUUCACCCGCCGUGCUGGAAUGGGAUCUGCAGCGAGGACAGUUGAAGAAGAAGUCGACGGGAAACUUCAGUGCAGUCUGGUGUUUCGCCGCACAGCCCAGCCAUGGGACGUCGGACCCAAGCGCGCAAGAGUUGGUGGCAGGCUGUGAGGAUGGCACAAUCGUCCUGCUCACGACAGCCGACAACGACCUUCAGUUUAAGAAGUUCCUGGCUCGCGUGAGCGGCAAGAAGGCGCGUUGUGUGAGUAUCGCCUACCAGAAGCGCGAUCGGGUGGUGGCGGGUUUCAUGGACAGCACAAUCCGUGUCUUCGACACCCGUAGCAGCUCUGUGGUUCGCACCAUGAGCAUCGGCGCCGGGAUACCAGGAGCACCGAAGAACACGAUCGUAUGGUCAGUCAAAGCUCUUCCGAACGGCGACAUCAUAUCCGGAGACUCCAACGGGGAAGUCGUGUUCUGGGACGGCAGGUCAUACUCCCUUACGCAACGCAUCAAGGGCCAUGAUUCGGAGUGCUUGGAUGUUGUGCCAAGCUCGGACGGCAAGACUGUGUUUUCUGGUAGUCUCGAUGGCAGGAUCGCUGUCCACAGGCAGAGCACGAACGCUAAUGGUAGGAGGUCAUGGGCCAACAGUCACCAUCGGAAAGUGCACAAUGGCGAAGUGAAGGUUAUGUCAGCGUUCGACAGUAACGGUUUAAGCGUCGUCGUAUCAGGAGGAGCGGACCCGGUACCUGUUGCGAUCCCUCUACAAGAAUAUGGAAAGGAGAACAAUCGACCGUUGCCGACUGUACCACAGCAGGCUCCUGUCAUCAGCGCUCGUCAUGCACGGCUACUCGUAAGUUGGUGGGGCAAGGACAUCAAUAUCUGGCGGAUCUCUCGAAGAGCAGAGGUAGAGACGUCUCCAGAACUGCAGCCGCCUCGCCGCCUUGUCGCCAGGAUCACUCUCAAUACGAAGCACAACAUCAGACGCGUGUCAAUCUCAGAUGAUGGAAAGGUUCUGGCUGCCAGCACCAAUGCAGAGAUCAAGCUCUUCCAGCUGAGACGAAAGCCCGAUGCAGAUGCACUUGGUGUUCGCCGACUUCACGUACCCAAGACUCUGGCUACGCUUGGUGCUCGAGCGAUGAACUUUUCACCCGACUCCAAGUGGCUUGCUGCGGUGACGCCAGACAGCGAAGUGCACAUUGUACGCAUUACCGCAGAUCUCUCGAACCCCAAACAUGUCCGUGUUCUUGAUAAAGUGGUUGAGGUUGAACGACAGAACCGGGUCGACACUUCGCAAUCGGGCUUCAAGUUAUACGACCAAGCAAUCAAUCAACUCGCCUUCUCCGCCGACAGUUCCGUACUUGCGGCGAGCGAUCUAUCCGGUCACAUAGAUUCCUGGGUGCUCGAAGGUCACGAAGACCCAACAGCACCUCCAGUAGACGUUUCUCAGGAGGACUCUAAGCACGGAGACUCUGACGACAGCUCCGAGGACUCUUCUGACGAUGAUGACAAUGUCUACAUCUUCUACGGGCAGCAUUGGACGGAUAACCCUGCUGGUCGCCUCAUUCCCAAGCUAGACUCUGCAGCACUUAUUCUCACGUUUCGGCCAACCGCAGACUCUGCGGUUGCCAAUGCCGCCGUCAACGGUAACCCUGGCAUACACUCGACACGCCACAAUCCGUACGCACAUUCUCAUGAGCUCCCUGCAGGACGACAUCUACUUUGGGUCAUGACAGCAAGCCAUGAGAUGUACGAAUUCGACGUUUUGGCCGGCAAACUCAGUGACUGGUCGCGCAACAAUCCUACACCCGUACUGCCAGCUGACUUUGCAAGAUUGCGCGAUCGAGUGAUCGGAGCAGUCUGGGACGUCGCCGGUGGGAGAGAACGUCUCUGGUUGUAUGGCACAUCGUGGAUGUUUAUGCUGAAUGUCGGCGGUAAUCUCCUAGAUUCUCAUUCACGCAAGCGACGAAAGAGCGAAGUUGCCGAACAAGGCCUCAAGCGGCUCAAGACAUCCAGCGGCGCCGGGCUGAAGACACCGUCUCACCACAGGGAAGGCUUGCCUCAGUCUCUCAAGCGUCUUGAAGAUGGGACUUGGACUGAGGUGGCUCUUGACCGACCCAUAAAGCAUGACGAGGACGUUGACAUGGAUGAAGCCAUUGAAAGCGACACCCGACUAGCGCUGACACGCAUCAAGAGCACCGAUGACGAAGAUCAAAUUGUGAAUGGCGGUGCCUCUCAGCAAAUGCACCAGCGAACAUGGUGGUGCACGUUCAAGUACCGCCCCAUCCUCGGCGUAGUGCCAAUUGCCGACGAUGCAGCUGUGGAUGAGGAUAAGCCUUUAGAAGUUGUGGUCGUAGAGAGACCUCUGUGGGAUGCUCAGAAAUCAAAGUAG